GUCAAGAUGAAUCACUUGCUUCUGUCUGAUGGAUGUACAAGUCAAUUACCAGCCCGGAGGAAAGGAGGGGAAGACCAGUGGGAGCAGAUGUAUAGCAGAGGAAGACAGAAAUAAACCAACCUAUGGUGUGACUGAUGUACCCCCCUGGUACCUUUGUAUUUUCCUGGCCAUUCAGCAUUACCUGACAGCUUUCGGUGCGAUCAUCUCCAUCCCGCUCAUUGUCUCUGAGGGUCUGUGUCUGCAGCACGACAGCCUGACCCAGAGUCACCUCAUUAACACCAUUUUCUUGGUCUCUGGCCUGUGCACCCUGCUGCAGGUCACCUUCGGUGUCAGGCUUCCCAUCCUACAGGGGGGUACGUUUGCUUUGCUGACACCUGCCAUGGCCAUGUUGUCCAUGCCAGAGUGGAAGUGCCCAGCCUGGACCCAGAACGCCAGUCUGGUCAACACCUCCUCACCUCUCUUCAUUGAAGUGUGGCAGACCCGCAUGAGAGCACUGCAGGGUUCUAUCAUGGUGGCCUCUCUCCUCCAGAUCCUGGUGGGUUUCUUUGGUAUCAUCGGCUUCCUCAUGCGCUUCAUAGGUCCAUUAACCAUUGCCCCCACAGUCUCUCUGAUAGGCCUGUCACUGUACGAUUCAGCUGGAGCCAAGGCUGGCAGCCACUGGGGCAUCUCUGCUAUGACCACAGUGCUGAUCAUCCUGUUCUCCCAGUAUCUCCGUCUCAUACCAAUCCCUGUUCCUACAUACAGCAAAGCCAAGAAGCUGCACACCUCCAAGUUCUUUGUCUUCCAGAUAAUGCCUAUUCUGCUGGGUAUUGCGGUCUCAUGGUUAGUCUGCUACCUCCUCACCAUCUAUGAUAUCCUACCAUCUAAUCCGACCCACUAUGGCCAUCUGGCCCGUACUGAUGUGAAGGGAAAUGCGGUGAAUGAGGCUCCCUGGUUCACAUUUCCAUAUCCUGGUCAGUGGGGCAUGCCAACUGUGAGCCUGGCAGGUGUGUUUGGCAUAAUGGCUGGAAUACUAUGCUCCAUGGCAGAGUCUGUGGGCGACUACCACACAUGUGCCAAACUGUCAGGGGCCCCUCCUCCCCCCAAGCACGCCAUCAACCGGGGCAUUGGUAUUGAAGGGCUCGGCUGUUUGUUGGCAGGGGCCUUUGGCACUGGCAAUGGCACUACCUCAUUCAGCGAGAAUGUGGCUGCCCUGGGUAUCACCAAGGUGGGUAGCAGAAUGGUGAUUCUUCUGAGCGGAGUUUUCAUGAUUUUGAUGGGGAUGCUGGGUAAAAUCGGAGCCAUCUUCUCAACAAUCCCCACCCCUGUGGUUGGAGGAAUGUUCCUUAUCAUGUUUGGAGUCAUAACUGCAGCAGGAAUUUCUAAUCUGCAGUCCACAGACAUGAAUUCCUCCAGGAAUAUAUUUGUUUUUGGAUUUUCCCUGUUUUCUGCACUCGUCAUUCCAAACUGGAUAAUAAAGAAUCCAGAUUUAUUAAAAACAGGUAUUAAUGAGGUAGACCAAGUGUUACACAUAUUGUUGACCACCCAUAUGUUUGUAGGAGGGUUUCUUGGCUUCUUCCUAGAUAACACAAUUCCUGGUAAGGGACCAAACGUGAGCGUGGCAUCUUUGUCUGGAACAAAGUACAUCUUGAGGACUCUAGCAACACCUUGGGAACUAAAGAGGUGUAUGACCUCCCCUUUGGCAUAACCUCUUGCCUCUCAUCUCAAUCUUGGGUUCGUUACAUACCUUUCUGCCCAUGGAAGGGCCACAGAAGUCUUCCCAACACAGGGGUCAUUGAUGAAUUGGCUCUAUAAGAUCUGAAAUAGAGGUGGUAUUAUUAAAUAAAAUAAGAAAAUUUG